GGCUUUUAUUCGUAACCGAUACGAUUGUGGUUUCUUUUCUAUGUGUUUAUAGUCGUUUCGGUUACCUGAAAUAAACAUUUUUUACUUUUCUUAGUGACAAUAAAUUAUUGAGAAGUUUUAAUUAGGUGAAAAUGUCUAUCGGCGUUCCCAUCAAAGUUCUGCACGAGGCAGAGGGUCACGUGGUCACCUGCGAAACUAAUACCGGCGAAAUCUACCGAGGAAAAUUAGUUGAAGCCGAGGACAACAUGAAUUGCCAAUUUGCCGGCGUGACGGUCACGUACAGGGAUGGUCGAACCAUGGAAUUGGAGAAUGUCUACAUCCGCGGCAGUAAAGUGCGGUUCCUAAUUCUGCCGGACAUGUUGAAAAAUGCUCCCAUGUUCAAAAAAGUUCAAGGCAAGGGAGGCGGCGCUGGAAGGGGAAAGUCGGCCAUUUUAAGAGCUCAGGCUGCAAGAGGCCGGGGUCGGUCAUUCAGUGGAUCCAACAGAGGAGGGGGCGGCAGCAGGGGUGGCCCAUCUGGGGGUGGUGGUUACCAGAAGAGAUAUUGAUUAUUUGUAUUAAGACCUGCUGAACUGAUCUACGUUGUUUUCGAAUGAUUGAACAUGAUUAAGUUUUAUAUACUGUUUUAAGAUAUCUCAAGAAUCGACAUGUUGUUCACUCAUUCGCUCGUCACAGAAAGAACUGUCGCCAUUGUACAUUUCAUUCUCUCAACUAAUUUUUAAGGAAGAACCUCAUUUGUGUUCUUUUUAUUGUUCAAAAUAUUAAUAAUACAAAUAAUUGUUGGCGAAUUCAUCCAUUGGGAACAAAAUGAUUUCUGGUCGCUUGACAACAUCACUCAAAAAUUUUAGACAUUGUUGAUUUAAUAUAUGAAUGAGCAUUAAUUAAAAUAUUUGUUAGUGCUAAAAACAUGGAGCUAAUCAUUUUGAGAUGAUGAAAUGGUUCAUAAAUAGCGGGUUGAGUGAAAAUUUGAACAAUUGAGUCUGCUGGUAAGCUUGUAUUUAACACCAAAACAGGCUGUAGUAGUAUUUAAAAUAGUAAAUUUAGUGUAUGUAUAUGUAUGUAAUGUAUAACAUACAUAGUGUAUAUAUUUGGUAUAUCUAUAUAUGUGUAGUGUACAAUAAUUUAGGAUGGUAUGGAAUUAACAUAAAAAUAUCUUGGAAACUAAACUUUGAAGAGAACGUUGGUUCUCUAAGCCGACGAAAUUCCAUUGUUCCAAAUCAGGAAUAUGAACUGGUCAUAAAUGAGAGAAUAUAAAUAAAUGAAUAAUUAAAUGGAUGAAUGAAUAAUUAAUUAAAUGGAUGAAUGAAUAAUCGAAUAUUCAAAUCACCGUAAAAACAACCAUACCACAAAACAACCAUGUUUAUAAAAAAUAAUUGUAUUAUUUACAUGAAAUAACAUCGCAUCUGAAGCUAUAGGAUUAUAUAUAAUUAUAU